UCCACUUCCACUUCCACUUCCUCUUCUUCUCCAAUUUCAUGGACUCAAUCUUCUCUCCAAAACCUCACACCCUUUCUCUCCUUUCUUGUUCUCCAAUCUCCUCUUCUCUCGUUCCUCGCCGCCAAUUCCUCUCCGGUUCUACCCAUUCUUUACGGCCUCCUUGCCUUCACUCGCGGAGGAGAUGUCGAAAUAUCGGCUUUCAAUUCGGCGGCAACACUUCAAGAUUUGUUCUCAGAGCUUCUCUUGACUCGCAAACGGUAGUUUUUGCAUCCGUUGUCACUAUCUCCGCUCUUACAGUCGUCUUUCUUGAAUUUUCCAAAAGAAAUACCAAUGCCAACGCCAAGUUCAAGGAGAUUUCAGCUGAGUUAACUCUUGCUUUGCGGCGACAAAUAAGACAUGUGAUGAACUGGUUUCCACGUCAUGUAUUUGCUCUUAUAAACAUACAGGAGGAGAAAUCUGUCAAAACCCAAAUGAAGGAAGUAACCAAAGUCAGCAAAGAGCGUGAGGAUGGGAGGACAGAUGUGCUGCAACAUGAUGGAACCUAUUUGAUACAAACGUUCGUUACCAACAAUAUUGAGUCUCUAGAUACUAAUCAGUUGGCUCCUAGUUCCAAUGGCUCUUUGACCUUGGGAGCAUCUGUACCUAAUGCACACACUGAAUCAGAUGCAGUUCCAUCUUCUUUUGUGGCAGAGUCGAAUAACAUUUAUCUGCAGGAAAAUCUACGGACGACUAAAAUGAGAAACAUAUUGACUACAGAGGAAGUCAGAGAACCUGAACCUAUUGCACACACCGAAUCAGAUGCAGUACCAUCUUCCUUUGUGGAAGAGUCGAAAAACAUUUAUCUGCAGGAACAUCUGCAUGAAACUAAAAUGACUAACAUACUGACUACAGAGGAAGUCAGUUCAGAGCAUAGUGUUGCUUUGUUUCCUGCAAUCAACAUAGAUAAUAGAACUGAGAAAACCAAGAAAAUGGACCAGGAACUGAUGACGAAGGACGGAUGUAAGAAAGCCCAUAAAUUUGUCGCAGAUGAUGAAGUCAUUAUCCACAAUCUUAUUUUCAGGGACUCUACACGCGAAGAUCUUUACUCGUUCUUUGAGGCAUCUAGCAAAAGUCUAAAUGGGCAAGACGCAUUGACUUCUCGUGCUUCCCUUCAAGGCAUUGGUGCCUUUUCACCCCCCUCAAAAGUAUUUUCAGUACGAGCAGAGGAUUUUGAGGAGAAAAGGUCUCAUGGAUGUUAUAAAGAAGGACCAUUCAACAAAAAGGACUUUGUGAAAAGAAUGCAGCAUUUCACUAAUAAGGAAAAGAGUAUCCUACCGGACAAUGAUGCCUCAAAACAAUUACAGAUUCCCAAUCCAAAGGCGAUCCAAGUGUGUGAUCGACCUAAUCCAUCCGACCAGUUCAGGGCUUACCGCCAUUUCCUUAGAGAGGGCAGGUUGAUGGACUGCAUAAAAAUCCUUGAAGAUAUGGGAAGGCACGGUUCACUGAAUAUGGAUAAAGUGUACCAUGCCGGUUUUUUCCAAGUCUGUAAAAGUCAAAAGGCAGUGAAGGAAGCUUUCCGUUUCACCAAGCUUAUCCGAAAUCCAACUCUAAGCACGUUCAAUAUGCUUUUGUCUGUAUGUGCAAGCUCCCGGGAUUUGGAGCGUGCUUUUCAAGUGCUUCAACUUGUUCGUGAGACUGGACUGAAACCCGAUUGCAAGCUCUACACUACUCUUAUAUCAACUUGUGCAAAAGCUGGAAAAGUUGAUACCAUGUUUGAGGUUUUUCAUGAAAUGGUCAAUGCUGGAGUCGAGCCAAAUGCUAAUACAUAUGGUGCCCUCAUUGAUGGUUGUGCUAAAGCUGGACAAGUUGCGAAGGCCUUUGGUGCCUAUGGUAUAAUGAGAUCUAAGAAUGUGAAGCCAGAUCGUGUUGUAUUCAAUGCUCUUAUCACAGCUUGUGGUCAAUCGGGAGCAGUCGAUCGUGCUUUUGAUGUCUUAUCAGAAAUGAAGGCAGAAGCACGACCAAUAGAACCUGAUCAGAUUACUAUUGGGGCAUUGAUGAAGGCAUGUGCAAAUGCUGGUCAGGUUGAUCGAGCUCUAGAGGUUUAUCGUAUGAUUGAUAAAUGUGAUAUCAAGGGAACACCAGAGGUUUACACAAUUGCUGUAAAUUGUUGCAGUCAAAAUGGUAAUUGGGAAUUUGCACGCAGCAUUUAUGAUGACAUGUCCAAAAAAGGUGUUAAUCCAGAUGAGAUGUUUAUCAGUGCGCUGAUAGAUGUGGCAGGGCACACAGGUAAGUUGGAAGCUGCAUUUGAAGUUCUAGAAGAAGCAAGGACUAAAGGCAUAAAUUUGGGAUCGAUAUCAUAUAGCUCAUUGAUGGGAGCCUGUUGUAAUGCAAAGAACUGGCAGAAGGCACUAGAAUUGUAUGAGGAUAUUAAAGGCAUCAACUUAAAACCAACUGUUUCAAUGAUGAAUGCAUUGAUAACUGCAUUGUGUUAUGCUGAUCAAUAUCAGAAGGCUCUGGAAAUUUUUUCUGAAAUGAAGAGAGUGGACCUAUGCCCUAACACCAUUACAUACUCCACUCUUUUAGUGGCAAGUGAAAAAAAGGAUGACCUGGAUGUUGGUCUCAUGCUUCUUUCUCAUGCUAAAAAAGAUGGUGUUGCCCCAAACCUUGUUAUAUGCAGAUGUCUUCUUGCUAUGUGCUCAAGGAGAUUCCAGAAAGCUUGUACACUUGGUGAGCGUGUCUUGUCUAAGAACUCUGGUCGCCCGCUUGACAGUAAAUGGACAUCGUUGGCCUUAAUGGUCUACAGGGAAACAAUUGGAGCUGGUGUGGUACCCACAAUUGAGGAGCUAUCACUAGUUCUGGGUUGCCUACAGCUUCCUUGUGAUGCAUCCCUAAAAGAAAGACUUAUUGAAAAUCUAGGAGUAACCGUGGAAACAUCAAAAGGCUCAAAUCUUUGCUCUUUGAUUGAUGGAUUUGGUGAAUAUGAUCCCCGUGCCUGUUCAUUGCUUGAGGAGGCAGCUUCAGUUGGAAUCGUCCCAUUGACUUCCUUUAAGGGAAGCCCUAUUGUUGUCGAUGUGAGGAAUUUGCAUAUUCAUGCAGCUCAGGUAUAUCUUUUGACUGUCCUAAAGAGUCUCAAGCAUCGUUUGGCUGCAGGUGCAAAAAUACCGAACAUAUCCAUUCUACUCCCUGUAGAGCAGUCACAUAUUAAGACACCCACUGGCGAGAAAACAAUUAAGAUUGCUGGAAGGAUCAACAGGGCUGUUGCAGCACUUUUGAGGAGGCUUGGCCUGCCGUACCAAGGGAACGAAUCGUUUGGGAAGAUUCGAAUCAAUGGUGUUAUUGUGAAAAGAUGGUUCCAGCCAAAGCUCGAAUCCCCUUUUAGUUGGGAACAGACCGGUUUCAGCUUCUCCCAGACACGGCUACGAAAAGGAAUAAGCCAUCAACAGCGUACUAUUCGAACUGGCGAUUUGUCCUUAGAUUAGGAGAAGUACAAGGAGGG